UGAACACACGAUUGAAAAUUAUCUGAUCCUUCGAUUAUGAACGAUAAUAAACUCGAUUUCAGAUAUGCAAACGAGUCGGCAGAUUAUCCCGACAUACAAUUGUUCCUAUCCUCCACGGCCGAUAACACGGACGGUGGACUGUUUGGGAAGCGAGACUGCAACGUUAAGGACAACUUUUACGAACGUUUGUACGAGAAUAUCUUGUACCAAGACUCGUACACGAUCAUGCCGUUGCUUCUAAGGCCAAGGAGCAGAGGAUACAUCAAGCUUCGCACCAAACGCAUCAACGAUCAACCGAUCAUAGUUCCAAACUACUUCGACGACCCGCACGAUCUCGACGUUUUGGCGGAGGGGGCAAAGUUCAUCUACGACAUGAGCAAAACGGCGACGAUGAAACGGCUGAGAGCUCGACCGAAUCCCAACAAACUUUCGGAAUGUUCCUCGUUCGAGUAUCCGUCGGUCGAUUACUGGCGUUGCUACGCCCGAUACUACACGAUGACCAUUUACCACCCGUGCGGCACGUGCAAAAUGGGGCCGGCUAGUGACAAAAUGGCGGUGGUCGACGCAAGGCUGAGGGUGCACGGCGUCGCGAGGCUGCGAGUGAUCGACGCUUCCAUCAUGCCCACGAUCGUUUCUGGAAAUACGAAUGCGCCCACGAUCAUGAUCGCGGAGAAGGCUGCCGACAUGAUUAAGCAGGAUUGGGGAGUUUAAGAAAUUCCCUAGGAUAUUUCGAAUCGAUCAACCUUGAUCGAAAGCUUUGGAAAUUUUAUUGCGAAUAG